CUUAAACUGCGAAUAUAAGUAGUUUAUAAAAGUUAUAAUGAUGACGAUCACAAUUCUUAUCUUUCAUACCAGCACAAGUACAUCAUUACACGAUACAGCCAAGAUAAACACAAGCGAUUCAUUUUAGGUCAUGCUUUCUUUCGAAGUGGAGCUACUCGGCUGACAGUAUGGAUUCAUUACGUUUGCUUGUGUUAGUGAUAGGCUUUCAUGUUAAUAUAUCACAAGGUCUGGUGUGUUUGAAAUGCCAUGACGUCGUUCAACCACGACACUGCAUGACCGCUAUCAGCUGUGCAGAAUCGGAGGUGUGUUACGCAGAAAGAACGGUAAAUGACCUGGACGAGGUCGCUUAUACAUUGGGAUGUACGCCAAAACAGACAUGUUCAAACUCUUCCUCAACCUCUCAGUUCAGCAGAUGCAAACUCUGCUGUGACAGCCCGCUCUGUAACAACGAAGCCUGUGGUGAACCGGGUUACCCGGCAGGUCGAGGACUUCUUUGUUUCAACUGUCAUGACCCCGUACCAGCUGGCAGAUGCCAUAACAUUGACUUUUGUGGAUCAGAGGAGGUAUGCAGUGUGGCUGGAAGAGAAGUAUUUGGGACAAUGGUUUUCUCGUCGAAAUGCCAAUUUGCAUGCGAAACACACCAUUCGGGCGAAAUACUCAUUGGUCGCCGGCAAAUUUCAGAGUUGAAAAGAAGGUCUGGCGACAGCCGUGGUUGUACCGCAUGUUGCUCAAGUGACCUCUGUAAUGACGAAUGCGUCCAAUUAGUGGAUGGAGACUGGGGAUCCUGGGUCGGAUGGACAAAUUGUGAUACGAAAUGUGAAAGAGGAAAGCAGUUCAGGACACGAAUGUGUAACAAUCCUGCCCCGCUUCACGGCGGCGCAAAUUGUACUGGAGAGGGAAUAGAAACCAAAGCUUUCGCUGACUGUUGGGAAAUAAAGCAGCAUCUUGGCAAAGUGCCCUCGGGCGUCUUUCACAUAACAACAUGGAAAUCACACCAAAAUGAGAGUGUUUACUGUGAUAUGAACACCGAUCAUGGAGGAUGGACUGUAUUCCAACACCGCGUUAACGGGAGUGUGGACUUCUACCAAAACUUUUCCUCAUUCGAGAAUGGCUUUGGAUCUCUGCAGGGUGAAUUUUGGUUGGGCCUCAAAUUGGUGUAUGAAAUGACAUCCCGGACAACGAAUGAUCUAAGGAUUGAUAUCGCACGGGCAAACGACAGCACCGCAUUUGUAGUAUACACUGGCUUCAGUGUGGGAGCCGGCACAAAUUAUACGUUACACGUAGAUAAUUCACGGUCAGAAAGUGGUCUUGCAGUGCUUCCAUAUGGAUCCGAGCCGUUUAAUAUCUUCGCGAACAGUUCCGCCUUUUCCACAUUCGACCAUGACAAUGACGUUUGGCAAUCAAAUUGUGCUCUUGUAUUUCAUGGAGCAUGGUGGUACAACCAUUGCAUGUAUUAUUCGAACCUGAAUGGCCAUUACUACACACCAGGAACAUAUGUCGCCAACAGAACCGCUAUGACGUUUGAUAGCAAAGAAUCAUUAAAAACUAGCAAAAUGAUGUUCAGGCCUACAGUAUAGACAUUUUUUACAAACAUGUAUAUGUCUAGUCUAGUUUUGGAAAUAAUGUACUAAAGUAAGCCAUACUUCAUUAGGAUGAAAAUAUGAGUUAGUGUAUUUAAAAUACUAUCAUCGAUUGUAUCUUUAUUUUCAUUGCAUAUUGAGUUACCAUGGUUAUAUUAUAUUUGGAUAUAUUACAGAAUAACACAAUAAUGACACUACUAAUACGGUAUGAUAUGUGAUUAACAUGUGAAAAUCGGUCCUUAUGAGGAUAAAUGACAUGUUCAGUUUUUUUGAAUUUUCUAAAUGUGCUAUGUUUCAAAAAUAAAGUGCUGAAGUUUUAA